GCUUUUGAUUGAUUGAUGUCUUGUUUCUUGAUUUGUGUUUCUUAAUUUAAAUGCAUUCAUUAAUUUGAGGAGCAACUAUACUGGGAGCCUACACUGGACAUGAGCAUAGAUUGAAGCGUUUUUUGGGAAUAUAAAGGUAUAUUUAUAUUGGGGGAAAACACCCUUCAUGGUUGGUUGGUUACCCUGAUUCUGACCCACUCCAGCCAUGGGUUGCCUUCACAGCGUCGCCUGCAAACCCCGAAUUAAACGCGAGAAUAUAGUUGUGUAUGAUGUCUCUGCUGCUAUUGACCACUGCCCCACACUGAUCGAGGAGAAUUCACCCAUAGUGCUCCGCUACAAAACUCCGUACUUCAAGGCCUCCGCUCGGAUAGUGAUGCCGCCGAUCCCUCGAAACGAGACAUGGAUGGUGGGCUGGAUUCAAGCGUGCACUCAAAUGGAAUUCUACAACACUUAUGGAGACCUCGGCAUGUCAAGCUGGGAGCUGCCAGAGUUACGAGAAGGACUGGUGAAGGCCAUCAGCGACUCGGAUGGUGUGAGUUACCCAUGGUACGGAAAUACGACUGAAACGGUGACCCUCUCCGGCCCCACAUCCAAACCUUCACGCUUCACUGUCAGCAUGAACGAUAACUUCUACCCCAGCGUAACAUGGGCCGUACCAGUGAGCGAGAGCAAUGUGCCUUUGCUCACGCGGAUCAAACGCGACCAGAGUUUCACCACUUGGCUGGUGGCUUUGAAUAUGGCCACACAGGAGAAGAUCCUCCUGCAGACAGUGAAGUGGAGGAUGAAAGUGGACAUCGCAGUGGAUCCCUUGAAGAAGCUGGGCUCUCGAGCAAGACUCACCGGCCGGGUGCACCAGGACCAGCCCAAGGUGUUGACCCAUAUGGAGCUGAUCCCUCCUAACGCUUUGGGUAAACCCAAUGCUAAUGACGCACAAGUGCUAAUGUGGAGGCCCAAGCGAGGACCACCAUUAGUGGUGAUUCCCUCUAAGUAGCAGGUUGUGGCAAAAAUGAAAGGUUUUUAAUCAAAAUAGUCAAUCUGCCUUAAAUCCACACUGCUGCCUUUAAAGAGAUACUUGGUUCUUCAACAGCCUUGGAGACACUUAAAAGGACAGUUCAUUCAAAAGAUGAAUAUUAA